AUGGGUUACUCCAAAUUUGGAGUGUACUUCGGCUGUAUCUCUACUGCCAAUGCAGCCUGUCUCCGAGGCACUCGCGGGAUUGCCACUUUGCCUCGCAGGGCCCAGACAGCCCUAAAGGAGAGGUCCAUCGAGGAAAUCCAGACCGAGGAGAGCCAGAAGAACAUGGCAGCAGCACCAACAGCCCUGAAUGAUAGCUUCUGGCGAAAGAUCACCGUCUGGGGGAACAUAUCCCAGGAUCAGUUUCUCUCCUACCGAUGGAGCGUGGCGCAGACCGUCCAAGGAGAGAGAAAGCUCGCCAACUUCCUCGAGGCCGUGCUGCCUGACGCUGUACCUUACGAAGAAACUGGUGACAAGAUGCAGACACGCGAGGAUCUCGUAGCCGAUGUCAUGGACGGCAUCAAAGCGGCCACAAUGCCAUAUGUGCUCAGCCGGAUCAACUGGAAGGAUCCUCGCAAUGACCCUAUCUUCCGCCAGUUUCUGCCGGUCAAAUCGCGAAUGAUUCCUGAUCACCCAAAGCUGACGCUCGACUCUCUGCACGAGUCUGCCGAUUCUCCCGUCAGUGGUCUGGUGUACCGCUAUCCGGAGAAGGCUCUUUUCUUGCCCACAUCAGUCUGUCCGACCUACUGCAUGUUCUGCACGCGUUCAUAUGCCGUGGGCGGUAACACCGAGUCGGUCAAGAAGGCAUCGAUGAAGCCGACCAAGCGUCGCUGGGAAGAGGUGUUUGCCUACAUUGAAAGCCAGCCUGCUCUGCAGGACAUUGUCGUCUCUGGCGGUGACGCCUACUACCUGACUCCUGACCAGCUGGCGUAUGUGGGCGAGCGUCUAAUUGCCAUGCCGAACAUCCGUCGGUUCCGGUUUGCCUCCAAGGGCGUGGCCGUGGCGCCUGCUCGCAUCCUCGAUGCAGAGGACAGCUGGUUCGAUGCACUCAGCUAUGUCGCCACGCAAGCACGCAAGGCCGGCAAGGCGAUGGCGCUGCACACGCACUUUAAUCACCCCAACGAGAUCUCGUGGGUGACGGAACAGGCAGCACGCAAGCUUUCCGAGGCUGGGAUAAUGGUCCGCAACCAGACGGUGCUGCUACGAGGUGUCAACGACGACGUUGCCACGAUGUCGACGCUGAUUCGCAAGUUGGCCGACAACAUCAUCUUCCCCUACUAUGUGUACCAAUGUGACAUGGUCGAGAAGGUAGAGCACCUCCGGACGCCGCUCCAGACCAUCCUGGACAUCGAGGCUCAGAUCCGGGGCUCUAUUGCUGGCUUCAUGAUGCCGCAGUUCGUCGUGGACCUGCCUGGCGGUGGUGGCAAGCGUCUGGCUUGCUCGCACCUUGACUACGACCGCAACACUGGGGUCUCCCGGUUCAUGGCGCCUGCAGUGACUGGCCGAGACAAGGACAACAAGGUGUAUGAGUAUUACGAUCCUGUGGAUGCACUUCCUGUGCCAUCUACCACUCCCACGAGCGCGUGA